AUGAGCGACGAAAAUUUAAAAAAAAUUGUUGAUUUUUUACUAGAUUGUCCAUUAAAUGUUGUUAGCCAACAAAUGGAUGAACCGGAUUUAUCUGAAAAUGAAAAAAGAAAUAUUUUAGAAUCUCUUAUGAGUAAUAAUCCUGUUAAUUUUUUAACCAGAUUUGGAAAAUUUCUCACGGAUGAUCAUUUAAAUUAUUUUUUAAACAAAUACGAUACAUCUUAUGAAAUAAACCAUUACGUUAAAAAAUUUAAACAUCUUUUAAACGAUCGAAGGAAACACGUUCAAAUUCGUAAUAGAAGGUUUGAAGCAAUGCAAAGAAUGGAAGCCUCGGGAAAAUAUUUCACUUUGUCUGAAAUGGAAAAAAGAGAUCCCGUUUUGUAUCAUCAAAUGAUUGGUCAAUACUUAUCAGAAGAAGAAAAACAGAAAAAACUAAAAGAUAAUGAAUUUGUCAUUCCCACAUUUUCAAAUUUUCUUCUUAAUGAAUUAGAAAAAGAAGAAUAUUAUGAAAUAUUAAAUCAAAACAAAGAAGAAGAAGAAGAUGAGGAAAUUGAAAUUGAUUGGGAAGAUGAGAAAGUCUGCAGUAAAAUUGAUUUACCUAAAACUAAAUGUCAAUAUAAACCAACCCCUGAAGAAAAAGUUAUAUUAUCAAAUGAAUUUAAAUCGUUAAUGCAACAUAAAUUUUUAAAUGGUGAAGAUAACGAUUUCAAUUAUUCAGAUGUAGAUUCUAAUUCAGAUUAUGAUUGUUUAGAUGUCACAAAUCAAGAUGAAGAAGAAAAAUAUUUUGAUGAAGAAAAUCCAUAUUGUAGUAGUGAAUGCACUGAUACAGGCAUUGAAGAUUAUUGA